CAACAUUUGAGACAACAUCUUAAUGUGAAACAUGAACCCUGGACCAGCAUCUCUCCAGAGGCUGUCGGUAGUUAUGACUUUCCGAUCAGAAGAGAUGCGCUGAAAUUGUGACUAUAAGAACCUCAUGCCUGCUGAUGCUGAGGUGAGUUUGCUCAUCAUCCUACACUCAUUUGACAUCAGACCGAUUACACUCUUUUUGUCCUUUCUUUCUAUCGCUAUCAUUGACCAUGCACUCCUUUGCUUCUCUUCUGGCCUACGGCCUAGCCGCCGGCGCCACCCUCGCUUCUGCCUCCCCCAUCGAAGCCCGGGGAAGCUGCACCUUCAAGACGGCUGCUGCUGCCAAAGCGGGCAAGGCAGGGUGCUCUACCAUCACUCUUGACAACAUCGAAGUCCCCGCUGGAACCACCCUCGACCUGACCGGUCUCACCAGCGGUACGAAGGUCAUCUUCGAGGGCACCACGACCUUCGAUUAUGAAGAAUGGGCAGGCCCCUUGAUCUCCAUGAGUGGCAAAGAUAUCACCGUCACUGGUGCCUCAGGUCAUCUCAUCAACUGCGACGGUGCGCGGUGGUGGGACGGCAAGGGGACUAGCGGAAAGAAGAAGCCCAAGUUCUUCUACGCUCAUGGCCUUGACUCUUCGUCCAUUACUGGAUUGAAUAUCAAGAACACUCCCCUUAUGGCGUUCAGUGUUCAGGCGGAUGACAUCACUCUGACUGACAUUACCAUCAACAACGCGGACGGUGAUAGCCUGGGUGGACACAACACUGAUGCGUUUGAUGUUGGUAACUCCGUCGGUGUGAAUAUCAUCAAACCGUGGGUCCAUAACCAGGAUGACUGUCUUGCGAUCAACUCUGGCGAGAACAUCUGGUUCACCGGCGGCACCUGCAUUGGCGGCCACGGUCUCUCCAUCGGUUCUGUCGGCGGCCGCUCCAACAACGUUGUCAAGAACGUCACUAUCGAGCACUCCACCGUGAGCAAUUCCGAGAACGCCGUCCGAAUUAAGACCGUCUCUGGUGCCACUGGUUCCGUGUCUGAGAUCACGUACUCCAACAUUGUCAUGUCCGGCAUCUCCGAUUACGGCGUCGUUAUCCAGCAGGAUUACGAGGAUGGCAAGCCUACGGGCAAGCCCACGAACGGUGUCACUAUUACAGAUGUCAAGUUGGAGAGCGUGACUGGUACUGUGGAUAGUAAGGCUACUGAUAUCUAUCUCCUUUGCGGAUCUGGUAGCUGCUCAGACUGGACUUGGGACGAUGUGAAGGUUACUGGGGGAAAGAAGUCUACUGCUUGCAAGAACUACCCUUCGGUGGCUUCUUGCUAGGUUAGUGGAUUGGUUGGUUGUAGCACUUGCUAACAUUUAUUUGCUUUGAGGGGUCAAAUAGGUUUUGGAAUAAAUGUUGAGGAGAAGAGACAAUGUCUAGUAGGAUUCAGUGGUGGAAGCGUGUAUAGCUAUGUACAAUGUUAUUUAUCGCAUUAUUU